AUGGCCUACGAGAUCGAAGCACCCGAUAAUGGGUUUUUGCUAGCAUAUAUGGAAGAGUUCUUCGACAGUCAAGCAGGGCCUUUCUACAACCUGUUGUCAAUGGGGUUUUCGGCGGAAGCAUUCGGCGUCCCCAUGGUAGCUUCUGGUGUUGUGCUUUACCUGGCCAGCGAAGGGGAGGACACCAGUGAGUUUACAGACAUUGUUACUGAGAAUAUGGCAAACGCAGAGAUACCAGACUAUGACGGAAUUAUAGGAUUGGCAAACUGUAUUGCAUUAGUGACGGCAUUUCCUCAGUUUGUGUCCGGUGAUGCACAAGUUUUCAGUUCCAUCUCUCUGGAGCAUUCCUUUUUGAAGUUAAGAGAUUUUUCCGAAAAUAACGGCCUACCCGUGGGGAAGGUGAACAUCGCCACGGCAUUCACAUUUACAGGUGUGCAAUUUUGA